GAGCAAACCGGGGGCCAGGAGCCUGGGCCUUCGGCGGUCUAGCCUGAGAAAGAGGGGCAGGGGCAAGGCUGCGUCUUCAGAACACACUGUCUCUGAGCUGGAACGCCCUUCAGGGAGACCCUCCAGAGUCUCAAGCAUUCAACAGACAUUCCUGAGUACAUAUGUCAUGUCAAGCACCGGUGGGUACUAUGGAUAUAGAAGCCAAAGAACCCAGCCUUCCAGAGACGUGCAGCCUAGUGGGGGAAAAGAUAAGUCAGGUCAUCACUACUCAGUGUUCUAAGUGUAAUGGUGGGGAAGCGGAGGCCUAGGGAGGAGAAACCCUGCGUCUUUACUUGGAUUCCCCCGGGAACGAGGACUGUGCGUGGUCGGUACUGCUGGAAGCGGAAGUGAGGAGCAAGAGACCAGAAGAGAAGCUAGCACAGAGUGUUGUCGAGGUCACAGCCAAGGCAGCAAGGGCUUGACCACCAGGACCUCUGAGAAGCGACAAACGCCUCCCAGAUCUGUCCAGCUGCAGAAGGGGAGAAUUGAACCCCCCCGCAGCAGACAGAAUCCCAAGGAGAAACCAGAGAUGCUCCAUGGGGGUGACCUGGGACACCAAAGGUGUCCGUGACAGUUGCCCACCCAGCCAGCAGCAACCUGGGAUGAGAGCUCAGACACCCCCGCCAACGCCCCCACCCCCAUCCCCGAUGCCAGCCUGGUGCUCACCCACUCCCCACAGAGCUGCAGCGGGUGUCCCCACUGUGGGACUCAUCCUCGGCUCCCUGGUCCAAAGCAGCCAGGUUGAGCAGCCUCCCCGUCAGCCUGCCUCGUGACCUGCCUCCUGCAAGAUGGCAGCAGGCUCCUCUCCCGUUUGUGGGGAAACCCCGUUUUGCUCCCCUCCGCCCUGCAUACCUUGUUCUUCCCAGAAGUUCUCCCCCACAAGACCCAAGCAGUCAAUCAACAGAAGAGACACAUGGUCUUUCUAGCCUGGCAUCUGCAGCGCCACGUGUUCCAGAGCGGCGGAUAACACCAUCCCCCUGCCCAUUGGAGGCCUCAGCUACGUCCAGGGCCUCACAAAACGUGGUCUUAUCCACGAGACUGUGGGGCAGUGCCUGGAAGCCACAGCAAAGAGGGUCCCUGACAGAGAGGCCUUGGUCGUCCCCCAGGAAAACAUCAGGUUGACCUUUGCCCAGCUCAAGGAGGAGGUGGACAAAGCUGCUUCUGGGCUCCUGAGUAUCGGCCUCUGCAAGGGCGACCGGCUGGGCAUGUGGGGACCCAACUCCUAUGCAUGGGUGCUCAUGCAGCUGGCCACCGCUCAGGCAGGCAUCAUUCUGGUUUCUGUGAACCCAGCCUAUCAGGCUAUGGAGCUGGAGUAUGCCCUCAAGAAGGUAGGCUGCAAAGCCCUCGCUUUCCCCAAGCAAUUCAAGACCCAACAAUACUAUCACAUCUUGAAGCAGAUCUGUCCAGAGUUGGAGAAGGCCCAGCCAGGAGACUUGAAGAGUCAGAGGCUCCCAGACCUGACCACGGUCAUCUCGGUGGAUGACCCUCUGCCGGGAACCUUGCUCCUGGAUGAGGUGGUGGCCUCUGGAGGCAAAGAGCAGCAUCUGGCCCAGCUCCGGUACAAGCAGCAGUUCCUGUCCUGCCAUGACCCCAUCAACAUCCAGUUCACCUCGGGCACGACAGGCAGACCCAAGGGGGCCACCCUCUCCCACUACAACAUUGUCAACAACUCCAACCUGAUAGGGGAAAGGCUGAGGAUGCACCUGAAGACGCCGGAGGAAUCACGGAUGGUCGUGCCCAGCCCCUUGUACCACUGCCUGGGUUCUGUGGGGGGCACAAUGGUGAGCAUGAUGUAUGGCGCCACCCUCAUCCUAUCCUCUCCGACCUUUGAUGGCAAGAAGGCGCUGGAGGCCAUCAGCAAAGAGAGAGGCUCCUUACUGUAUGGCACCCCCACAAUGUUUGUGGACAUUCUGAACCAGCCAGACUUCUCCAGUUAUGACAUCUCGGCCAUGCGUGGAGGUGUGAUUGCUGGGUCCCCUGCACCCCCAGAGCUGAUCCGAGCCAUCAUUGACAAGCUGAACAUGAAGGAGCUGGUGGUGGCUUACGGAACCACUGAGAAUAGUCCUGUGACCUUCAUGAACUUCACCGAGGACACUGUGGAGCGGAAGGCAGAAAGUGUGGGCAGAAUUAUGCCUCACACAGAGGCCCAGAUUGUGAACAUGAAGACAGGGACGCUGGUGGAGCUGAACACGCCCGGAGAGCUGUGCAUCCGAGGGUACUGCGUCAUGCUGGGCUACUGGGGCGAGCCCCAGAAGACCGAGGAGACGAUUGGACAGGACAAGUGGUAUCGGACAGGAGACAUAGCCGUGAUGGACAAGCAGGGCUUCUGCAAGAUCGUCGGUCGCUCCAAGGAUAUGAUCAUCCGGGGCGGCGAGAAUAUCUACCCCGCGGAGCUCGAGGACUUCUUCCACACACACCCGCAGGUGCAGGAAGUGCAGGUGGUGGGAGUGAAGGAUGACCGGAUGGGGGAGGAAGUCUGUGCCUGCAUUCGCCUGAAGAAGGGAGAAAAGACUACGGAGGAGGAGAUCAAGGCUUUCUGCAAAGGGAAGAUCUCCCACUUCAAGAUUCCCCGAUAUGUCGUGUUUGUCACAAACUACCCCCUCACCGUCUCAGGAAAGAUCCAGAAAUUCAAACUUCGAGAGCAGAUGGAACAACAUCUAAACCUGUGAAUAAGGGACUGGGGGUCCUCCCAGGCCCUCCCUGCCCUUCCCCCACACUCCCGUCUGUCUUUGUGAUUUGGCAUAAAGAGCUUCUCUGUUUUC